AUCUUAUUUCCCCUAAUUUUAAUUAUUUCCCCUUAUUUUUGACAGCUAACAAACAUUUUUGUUUAUAAAUAAUAAACAGUGUACAGUGUCAAUUUUAUAAAUGUAAACAUAACUCGUGUUGACAUGUAUUCGAGAGGCGAGUUAUCAUAGGAUAUCUAAAGAUUUUUAGCCGGCUUUCAAGUACUCUUUGGAAAUUAAGCGAUAGUAGUCAAAAAAUUGAUCAAUUAUGUGGUACAUUCCAAUGAUAAUAAGAAAAAAAGAAGCAAAAAGUUAUAGUACAAAAAAAAUGAUUAAAGGUGAAUACAAAAAAGGAGAUAAUUGUGGCAAAAAAAAUAUAGACAAUGCUGGUAUUAAAGUAAGAAGUUGGUAUACUCUUACCAAGUUAAUGAAGUAUCUUUUUGAAGCUGUUAAAAUUACUUUAGAAACGAUUAAAAAUGUUUCUCAAUACAUAAAAGAAUAUUCAGCACCAUUGAAAACAUUGAAUAAAGGUAGCGAGGGCGUAAAAUCGUCUUCGAUAAAAAUGAAAAGUCAAGCCUAGCCUGCAGGAUACUUCUUAUUGUAUCUCUGCAAGAGUGCUUGUGAUACAUUCACUAAUUUUUUAUUACAUAAAUCAUAGAGUAUGUUUUUAUAUAUUAAUUGACACACGAAAAUCUACCAUGGACGGAGCAGAUGUUACAUUCCUUUUUCAAUUCGGUUUAUUACGUGAUACUGUUAGUAUAGAGGCAAGUGCCUUAACAUUAAAAACACUAAAAGAAUAUGCAUGUAAUUUUAUAAUUACUAAAUGCCCUGAUCAUGGGCUGAAUCAAUUAUUUGAAAGAUUGCUUUUAUUCAAGCAUGACUACAACUCAUCAAAUGUUUUACAACUUAUUAAAAAUGCCGCAGAAAUAGUUGACGAAACAUUAAUUGAAAUUGUAUUAAAAGCCCAAGUACCAACCGAAGAGAUUAUUGUACGACCCCAUACUUUAUCUGUACAUUCAUACAAAACACCUACUUUUUGCAAUUUUUGUAGUGAAAUGCUUUUUGGAUUAGUGAAACAAGGUCUCAAAUGUGAAGGAUGUGGCAUGAAUUAUCACAAAAGAUGUGUUGUAAAAAUUCCAAACAAUUGUAUACAAGAUUCAAAUAAACAAAGGCGUAGUUCAACAAUGCUAAAUGUGCCUAGAUCACCCAGUCAAGGUUCUACAAGUAGUUUUGGAGGUGCUUGUGACGAUAAUCAAAAUAUGGGAGCAUUUAAUCUCAGCCAAAAUAAUACUUCUUCUGUUACAACUUCUAAACAGUCCAAUUCAUCAUCUUUGGGAGAUAAAAUUCCCUGGGCAGACCGAGAAAUGAUAUCUCGAAUUAAAAUACCUCAUACGUUUGUUGUCCAUAGCUAUACCAGACCAACAAUAUGUGGGUAUUGUAAAAAACUUUUACGUGAACUUUUUAAGCAAGGUCUACAGUGCAAAGAUUGUCACUAUAAUAUUCAUAAAAAAUGUAUAGACAAAAUUCCUAAAGAUUGUAUUGGUGAAAAUUCAAAGGAUAAUUGUGGUGGAACAGAGUGUCAAGACUAG